AGUUGCUUUGCUAGAUAUCAGUGUUCAUUAUCAUUUUCUUCGCGGCCUCGAAAACUGAAACUGCAAAAUUGAUUGAACUCCGAUUAUCGAAUCGAAUCUCUCAAAUCCCCAUGUAUUCUUCAAUCUCCCACUUUCCAUUCUCAAUCCAACCUUCUUUCUUCUUCCAUUGUUGAAAUGCCUCGCCCUGAGCUGGGUUCUUCCCCCUCCCUCUUCCACCAACCAUCUCAACCUCACCAUUUCUCUUCCUCUACUACAAAUUCGACCUUCUUUGUCGCCGCCGCCGGCUUGUUUCUCGACCCUUCUCUUCCAUCUUCAUUUGCCAACUCAAUUUUGCCCAGGAGUAACUCAAUUCAAGACUCCGGUUCUGUUUCCGCUUCCUCCUGUCAUCAAGAACAACCUGUGUUUUUUGGGGUUUUCCGGUCCCCGAAGAAGCCUCGCAUUGCUCACUGUGGGUUUCUGUCUGUGAGUCUGAGAGGCCAUGGUUUUGUUCCGGAGCAGAAGGUUCAUGUUGAUGCCUAUGACAAUUGUAAGAAAGCGGGAAAAUGCGGAGGAGCUCAUACCCUACGGAAAAGAGGUGCAAUGAAUACUACGAAGCACCUUUGGUCUGGUGCGAUUGCCGCCAUGGUGUCCAGAACUUUAGUUGCGCCACUUGAGAGGCUAAAGUUGGAAUAUAUAGUUCGUGGUGAGAAGAGGAAUCUUUUUGAUCUUGUCAAGAAAAUUGCAGCUUCUCAAGGGUUGAAAGGGUUUUGGAGGGGAAACUUCGUCAAUAUUCUUCGAACAGCUCCGUUUAAAGCAGUCAACUUUUAUGCUUAUGAUACGUACAGAAAACAACUGCUUAAAUUGUCUGGACACAAGAUUACUACGAAUUAUGAGAGAUUUGUUGCUGGUGCUGCAGCAGGCAUUACUGCAACCGUACUCUGCCUACCACUUGACACAAUCCGAACAAAGAUAGUGGCACCUGGUGGGGAAGCUUUAGGCGGUGUUGUUGGUGCUUUCCGCCACAUGAUCCAAACUGAAGGGUUCUUUUCUCUUUACAAGGGCUUACUACCCUCCAUUUUAAGUGUGGCGCCUUCUGGUGCAGUCUUCUAUAGUGUCUACGAUAUACUCAAGACUGCUUAUCUUCACUCGCCCGAAGGAAGGAAAAGAAUUCAGAACAUGAACCAGCACCAGCAGGGGCAGGAGUUGAAUGCUCUCGAUCAGCUGGAGUUAGGACCAAUUAGGACUUUACUAUAUGGUGCUAUAUCUGGUGCUUGUGCUGAAUUAGUGACGUACCCAUUCGAAGUAAUCAGGAAGCAGCUUCAAAUGCAAGUCCAGGCAAGUAGAAUGAGUGCUUUUGCAACCUGUUCUAAGAUAGUUCAGCAAGGAGGAAUACAAGCUUUAUAUGCAGGACUUCUUCCCAGCUUGUUACAGGUACUUCCUUCAGCUGCCAUAAGUUUUUUCGUUUAUGAGUUCAUGAAGAUUGUCCUUAAAGUGGAAUGAACAAUGACAACAGAAUGUAGGAGGAGAUUGAUCAGUUGGCCCAAUACAAUUCACAGUUGAGCAUUAGAAAUACCCUUGAAACAUGACCAGAUUAUGGUAUCAAUGAUUGCUUUUGCUGGCUGUGUUCCCUGUUAAUUCUCAGUUUAAGAAAUACAGUUGCUUCUUCAAUGUCCUAAAAUCCCUUUAUUUCUUCUUUUUUUCCUUCUUUCCCCUUGGACUGAGUGCUGCUCAUAGAGCAUAUUAAUCACUGCCAAAUUUUGACUGCUACAGGAGCUUCGUUUUGAAAAAGAAUGUUCCACAGAAACCAAUUUUCAUAUUUUCAUUGUAACAUACCAGAUUUUAGGUAUGUAAGGAUUUUCACCAACUGGGAUUCAUACAAUUUUCAAUGUAAGAAAAAACGUGUAGUAUAAUGCAAUUAUAUGUACUUAUCGUGAAAGAUAUGAAUUCAAAGAAAAUCUUCUGUUUAUGGCU